UCUCAGUGGCUCGCCAUAAACUGGCUCCAUAGCUUCCAUAACGGCGCACUGAAUCACUGUACAAAGCUGUAUUCAGCUCUGAUACUGGAUUAUGCUUUUGAAAAAGCUGAAAUAAUUAGAGAUUUCUUGCAGUGAUGGCGGCAGAAGUGCAGCCCCGUCCUCCCCAGGCCCGAAAGCCUGUCCUGAUGAGCAAGAUCGAGUCGUUUCAGGAGGUUGUAAACACGGCCGUGAUCAUCCCGAAAGAGGACGGAAUCAUUAGCGUGUCUCAGGACAGGACUGUACGUGUUUGGCUAAAGAGAGACAGUGGACAGUACUGGCCUAGCAUCUACCACUCCAUGCCAGCUCCAUGUUCAUGCAUGUCCUUUAACCCAGAGACACGGAGGCUUUCUGUUGGGAUGGAUAAUGGAAUUAUUUCUGAGUUCACUUUGGCGGAGGACUACAACAAGAUGAUCCCAGCUCGCUCCUAUCAGGCUCAUCAGGGUGCUGUGAUUUUGGUGAUGUUUGUGUUGGAGAUGGAGUGGAUACUCAGCACAGGUCAGGAUAAGAGCUUUACAUGGCAUUGCUCAGAGAGCGGGCGUCAGCUGGGCACCUACAAGACCAAUGCCUGUGUAACUGGACUGCAGUUUGAUGUGGAGACCAGACAUGCUUUUGUGGGUGAUCACUCAGGUCAGGUAACUAUGCUGAAAUUGGAGCAGGACAACUGCAGCCUGGUAACCACCUUAAAAGGCCACACAGGCAGUGUGACAGCUUUAUGCUGGGACCCAGUACAGAGGAUAUUAUUCUCUGGAAGUUCUGAUAAUUCCAUCAUUAUGUGGGACAUCGGAGGUCAAAAAGGCACAGCUAUUGAACUGCAGGGACACAAUGACAAAGUCAAGGGACUGUGCUACGUUCCACAUACUCAUCAGCUCAUCUCUUGCGGAGCUGAUGGGGGAAUAGUUGUCUGGAACAUGGAUGUCACCCGACAAGAGACUCCUGUCUGGCUAGACAGCGACUCUUGCCAAAAGUGUGAGCAGCCGUUCUUCUGGAACUUUAAACAAAUGUGGGACAGCAAAAAGAUUGGCUUGCGCCAGCAUCAUUGCAGGAAGUGUGGCCAGGCAGUGUGUGGCAAGUGCUCAUCCAAGCGUUCCACCAUUCCGUUAAUGGGCUUCGAGUUCGAGGUGCGAGUGUGUGAUGAAUGCCACAAAUCCAUCACAGACGAACAGCGAGCACCUACUGCAACGUUUCAUGACAGCAAACACACGGUUGUGUACGUUCACUACGAGCUGACCAGGAGCUGGCUGCUGACCUCUGGAACCGACCGAGUGAUCAAGCUAUGGGACAUGACACCUGUGGUAUCCUGAAAAUCACUACGACCAUGGACAUGAUGCCAGAUCUUCAGUGACCAUACACCGAAGACUAGUAACCAACAGGAGGAACUCUAGUUCUAGCAUCACUGAUGGACAGGAUGCCCAGGGUGUGCGCAUGUGUAAGGGUGGACAAAUCAUGACUUCAUUAGCUAGCCCACUGGGCAUGUAAAUCAAAUGUUCUUCCCCAGACUUAUUGUUUAGUUGCCAUUUCAAGAGCUUAAUUUUAUGCUUAUCAAAAUAUUCUGGUCAUGUUUGAUAUGCCGUCUUCUUUCAGGGUUCACAGGGAAUCAGGCCAUUAGUGCCUGUUGUCAAAUUUGGUUAGAAAAUUGGUUCUGGCAGUGCCGAGUCAUUGCUUGUUUGAAAAUUUAGAUACUCUGUGACUUAAAAAUAUUUCCCAAACAUCCAAAUGUGAUGUUGGUAGAAAUGUGUACCUGUCUAACCAUUCUCCUCAUGUUAAGUGGGGCCAAAUACACUUGCACUUCUGACAUUCCACCAAGUAAUAUGCAAAGUAAUACAAAUAGAUAUGAAAACAAUACUCAGUGUUAAUGAAUGAAUAAUAAUUAGACUUUUGUCUAAGGUUGAUUGGUAGGAGUAAAAAUGCUGAAUAACAAGCCAGCAACCCACCAAGUCACCUUUAUGCCAUGCAAGUUUGAAUUUAUAAAAAUGCCUGGCAAAAUCUGCUUGUCCUGGUCGUCUGGGCUACUGAUUUGUCCACCAUGUGUGUGUUAAUGUGUGACUGAUCAUGUACAGUGAUGUAAAAACAGGCAUGUCCUUAUUCUGAUGUGUAAAUGCUUAACAUUUGUCCUGGUCAUGUAUCAUCUGUGAACAAUUUAAAGCACUUUCAAAUGAAACAUUUUGUAUUGUUUUUAAAGAAGUGCAUGCUUUGUUUUUUAAACGCUUACAUUAUAUGUACACGUACACAAAGUAACAAAACAUAAUGGCUUAGUGAUUUAAAUGUGAUUAUUAUUA